AUGCAGUCUCAUCCAGAAACCGACCACCCAGAUGAGGUUCUGGAGAGUGGUGCCAAAAGGCUCGAUUCGCAACCAGAUGUACUGUCUAUUUUGAACAAGGAGGAAAUGACAGUAAAGAACGUUGGAAAUCUGCAAAGAAGACUCAAAUCACGACACGUUCAAUUUCUUGCAUUAUCCGGCGCUAUUGGGACCGGCCUCUUCGUGGGUACCGGUCAGGUUAUCUCGCUGGCAGGACCAUUAUCCGCGGUGCUCGCCUACUUCAUUACCGGCUUCAACCUAUACUCGGUGAUCAACAGCAUGGGUGAAAUGGCGACCUGGCUUCCGCUACCUGGAGCCGUUCCUGUAUAUGCUUCCCGGUUUGUCGACGAAGCUCUAGGCUUCACACUUGGCUGGAACUAUUGGUACCAAUUCGCCAUUGGUGUUCCGAUUGAGAUAAGCGCUGCAGCCUUGGUGAUUGACUACUGGCCGAAUGCUAUCUCUUCUGCCGUCUGGAUUACAAUCCUAUUUGUCGCCAUCCUCGCGGUCAACUGUCUUCCCGUUCGGGUUUAUGGCGAGCUGGAAUUCCUUCUUGGAUCUAUCAAACUCACUACCAUCAUUGGCCUCAUGCUCCUCAUGUUUAUCAUUACGCUGGGUGGCACGCCAACACAUGAUCGCAUUGGAUUCCGGUAUUGGCAGAACCCAGGACCCAUGAACGAAUACCUGGAGACGGGCUCACUGGGCAGGUUCCUGGCGUUUUGGAAAGUAUUUAUCCAGGCGACUUUCAGUUACGGAGGAAGCGAGAUGGUAGUCGUUGCGGCCGGUGAGACUGAAAACCCAAGGAGAAACAUACCCAAGGCCGUGCGCCGUGUCUUCUGGCGAAUUGCCAUAUUCUACGUUGGCAGUAUCUUCCUGGUCACUCUAUGUGUUUCAUCUCGGGACCAUAGACUACUCAAUGCUAUUGAUUCUGGAGCAUCAGGUGUAGGAGCCAGUCCCUUUGUUAUCGCAAUUGAAAAUGGAGGGAUAACAGUGCUACCAUCAAUCAUCAAUGCGGUCGUCCUUACCUCGGCAUUGUCUGCGGGGAACUCUUUCUUCUACGCAUCGACUCGAAUUCUAUACUCUACGGCCUUGGACGGAAAGGCACCUCGGAUCCUUCGCUACGAGAAAUUUGGCGUUCCAUAUGCCUGCGUAGGCGUCACGGCUGCCUUGAGCCUCCUCGUCUAUUUGAACGUUUCAGCUAGCUCUGCUGAUGUCUUUUUCUGGAUUAGCAACCUGAGCUCUGUCAGCACGCUAAUUGUGUGGACGUCUAUUUCAAUCACUUAUAUUCGCUUCAACCAAGGUUUGAAGCACCAUGGCAUCCCGAGGUCAUCACUUCCUUUCAAAACACCAUUUCAACCAUACCUGGCAUACUUUGCAGCGAUCUUCUCAUCUACCGUGGCAUUCUUCAAUGGGUUCGAUGCCUUUUUCCCUGGUCAUUUCAGUGCCAAAAGCUUCAUCCCUCCUUACAUCGAUAUUCCCAUUUUUGCCGGGCUUUUCCUCGGGUACAAAAUCUUAUACAAAACCAAAUUUGUGAAGGUGGAGGAUAUGGAUCUAUGGUCUGGUAAAGAGGAAGCUGACGAGCUUGAAUCUACAUGGGAAGAGCCAAGGCCACGAAACUUACUUGAGCGAAUCUGGUUUUGGAUUGCCUAG